CACACGAGACAAAGCACUCACUCUUUAGAGAAAGCAUGGCUGAACAGGAAGGUAAAGGAGAAUUUGCCAAGAGGAUAGAUCCUGCCAAGGAGGAUCUGACACGGGAACAACUGCAAUUCAUUCGGCAAGCGGAACUUGCUCAGUGGAGGAAGAAGAGCCAAAAACUUCGCACUCGAAAUGUUAUAACCGGCCUCGCCAUUGGAACCCUGGUGAUGGGUAUCUAUGGAUAUACAGUCUACUCUGUGUCCCAAGAAAGGAUCAUGGAUGAGCUCGAUGAAGAAGCAAUGGUGGCUGCCCGGAUGCGAAACUCAAAGACGGGAGUGAACUAAGAACUGGAUGCCGGAAGAAGAUGUUUUGCACUAUGCUUUACACAAAUGAAAAGCAGCUGUGGUUUUUGGCCUGUUCUCAAAUGGCUUCCUGUAUCAUCGAUCUGUGAACUGCAUUGGGAAAGAAAUAAUUGUAGACUGUUGGGAUCAGGCUGCGUAUUAUGGGUUUUUUGUUGGUUUUUUUUGGGAGAUGUGCAGACUUUUGUUCCAGUACACUUGGCCAUAAUGUUCAGAUGUCACGAAAUAUUGAUUGUGUUUGAUUAUAAUGAAAUCUAAACUAAAUGUGUAUCCUAAACAUUGUGUAAAAAUUGUGUGCUAUCCCUUGACUACACAAUGUGUCUUUUAAUCUCA